CCGACAGAUUCAAUGGAGAGCAGACCUCCAGCCAUGAAGCUCCGCUUGAAAACCUCCCUGAAGUGUUCGGAGUGAAACCCAGAGGAGGCAGAGAGGACCCGGCUUCAGCGAAACACUCCCUUCUGCUCGGAAACCACGCACUGAGCUGAAGAUGAUGUCUGACGCCAGCGAGAUGUUGGCGGCGGCCUUGGAGCAAAUGGACGGGAUCAUAGCAGGCUCCAAGGCCAUGGACUACUCCAACGGCCUGUUCGACUGCCAGUCGCCCACCUCGCCCUUCCUGGGGGGGCUCCGGGUGCUGCACCUCCUGGAGGACCUGCGGGCGGCGCUGGAGCUCAUGGACAACGAGGAGAGGGACAACCUGCGGUGCCAGAUCCCCGACUCCACCGCCGAGGGGCUGGCGGAGUGGCUGCAGGGGCGCACGAGCAGCUCAGAGUCGGCCUAUCAAGAGCGUCUGUCACGUCUGGAGAGCGACAAAGAGUGUCUGAUUCUUCAGGUGAGCGUGCUGACCGACCAGGUGGAGGUGCAGGGCGAGAAGAUCCGGGACCUGGACGGCUGCCUGGAGCUUCACCGGGAGAAACUGAACGCCACCGAGGAGCUUCUGCAGCAGGAGCUGUCGAAGCGCGCCGCGCUGGAGACCCAGAAGCUGGAGCUGCUGACGGAGGUGUCCAGCCUGAAGCUGCAGCUGACGGCGGUGGAGCGCGAUCACAGGGACAGCCAGGGUUUGUACCAGGAAGUGACAGACCUGCGGUUCAGGGUGACCGACAUCGAGAACGACAGGCUGCAGUGUGAGAAGAAACUCAAAGCCACCAAAGAGGAGCUGCAGCUCCUGCAGAGGCAGCUGGAGGAGCGCGAGGCGGAGCUGAGGAGGUUGAAGGACGACGGCGGGCCGAGGGCGGAGGGCCCGGACGGAGCCGGCUGGGGAGAGCGAGAUCAUGAAAUGUUGCAGAUGAAGAAGGUUUUGGCGUCUCUGACGUCGGAGAACGACGAGAAGGAACGAAGGAUCAGAGAGCUGGAGGACUCGCUGACCAAAUGCAAGAAGGUCCAGGAGCUGGUUAAAGAGAAGCUGAAGGAGGACGACUACGACGACAUCCUGGACGAGCCGUCGGCCGCGGCCUCCAUGGAGGUGGAUCAGGCCACGCUGGAGCUGGAGGCGGAGGCAGGAAGGAGCUCGGGGGAGUCCAUUCCCUGCAUCGCCGUGCUCUCUGAGAUGAACGAGCUGGACAGAGAGCGCCAGCUACAGGCGGACCAAAGUUCCUCAGAAGACCCUGAACUCAGCAGCUCCCAGCAGGUUAAACCCAAAGGCGCUCCUGCUUCUCCUCCUCCUCCUCCCGGUAAACCGUCCGGUGACGACAGCUUUGGUCCGAAGAAAGUCCGCUCGUCUUUCGGCCGCGGCUUCUUCAAGCUGCGAGGAAACAAGCGGACGUCCAGCUCUCCGAACCUGGCGGAGUCGGAGCGUAAAGCGGCCGAGCACCUGGACCUGGCCGGAGCUCCUCCCCAGAAGUCGCUGGACGGCGCCCCCCUGCACUCGUCCCCGGACGCCAAGAAGAAGUCCCGGGGCUUCCGCAGGUUCUUCGGCAGGCUGAAGAGGAGUCACUCCACCUCCUUCAACCUGGACGACGGCGCCGACGUGGAGUUCAGGAGGGGCGGAGUCCGAGCCACCGCCGGCCCCCGGCUCGGCUGGUCACGAGAGUCCAAGCAGAGUGCUGUGGACGUUCCUUUUGCGCGCUGGACCAAAGAGGAAGUGUGUGUUUGGCUGCACGAGCAGGGCCUGGGGCUGUACGCGGCCCCGGGUCAGAGCUGGAUCAAGUCGGGCCAGACGCUGCUGCAGGCGUCUCAACACGACCUGGAGAAGGAGCUGGGCAUGAAGCCGCCGCUGCACAGGAAGAAGCUGCAGCUGGCCCUGCAGGCGCUGGGCUCGGACCAGGACCUGCUGCCAGGAAAGCUGGACCACAACUGGGUGACCAGGUGGCUGGACGACAUCGGGCUCCCGCAGUACAAGAGCCACUUCGACGAGGCUCGAGUGGACGGGCGCAUGCUGCACUACAUGACGGUGGACGACCUGCUGUCUCUGAAGGUCGGCAGCGUUCUGCAUCACCUGAGCAUCAAACGGGCCGUCCAGGUCCUCCGACUCAACCAGUACGACCCCAGCUGUCUGAGACGGAGGCCGUCCGACGAGAACAACGUGAGCCCGGCGGAGAUUCUCCCAGUGGACCACCACCGAGUGAUGGAGUGGCUCCGGUCCGUCGACCUGGCCGAAUACGCCCCCAACCUGCGAGGCAGCGGCGUGCACGGAGGGCUCAUGGUGUUGGAGCCUCGCUUCAACGUGGAGGCGCUCGCCCUCCUCCUCAACAUCCCCCCCAGCAAGACGCUGCUGCGCCGCCACCUGGCCACGCACUUCCACCUGCUGGUGGGCGCCGAGGCCCAGCGGCUCAAACAGGACUGCCUGGAGAACCCCGACUACAGCGUGCUGACCGCCACCGCCAAGGUCAAGCCUCGACGUCUGUCUUUCGGAAGUUUCGGCAGUCUGAGGAAGAAACGCCACGAGGACGGCGAGGAGUACGUCUGCCCCAUGAACGUGGAAAUGCCCCAAAACAGCAGCUUCCACAGGAGCGUUCCCGCCUACCAGGAACAGCUGGAGCAGCUGGAACAUCUGGAGCAGCUGGAGCAGAUGGAGGAUUCUGAAGGAACCGUCCGGCAGAUCGGAGCCUUUUCAGAGGGAAUCAACAACCUGACGAGCAUGCUGAAGGACGACGUCUUCUUCCAGGAAGUCUCCGUUUGUCCCCCGGUCGACGACGUGGGCGUGUGACUGAAGCGUUGAGCCCCGUGAGACGCCGCGUCACUCACAACCAGCCAAAACUUUAUGACCAUGUAUUUAUUGACGUUCUCCCAAACAUAAUGCAUGAACAUGUUUCCUCUCCUCAUUCAUCUUAAUCACCGAUUUAAGCUUCUCUCCCCGUUGUUUGAAUAUUAAAGAGCAGAUUUAGUGAAGUGACAGUAACAUAAAUUCAGUCGGAUCACUUGUUUUGACUGUUUUCUGCUUUAUUACCAGAAACAGAAACGUGCAUCGAUCAGUGUUACCAAAGAAAAGCAGCAGAGCAGUGAAGAGACUCUUUUAAAGCUACAGGCAAUUUUUACCUCAAAUUCACUUGAUUUUCCCACUGUCCUGGUGGGAUUUAAUGCCACUCGUGUUUCAGAUUCACAGCUGGAAUCAGAAGGGUUAGCUUAGCUUAGCAUCGGCACAUCGCAGCUGACAGAAGCCAAACCUUCAUUUCCUGUUCUGUUUUGACCGUCUGUUGUGUUUUUGACAUUUUUUUGUUAAUAAAAUUGGAGAAAGA